AUGGGUCUUGAAGAAGCAAAGCGGUCCAAGCACAAACAUGACCGCGAACACAAGAGCAAGCGUAAGCACAGGCCCGACGCGGAGGGCAGCAGCAAGCGCACCCGCAAGGAAGACAAUGGUCACAUUCACAUAGUGGAUGACGAUACAAAGGACGAUGAUAUGUGGAUGGAGAAGAACAUUGAUAUGGACGGGGAGGAGCUGCUCGCGACCAACAUUCCGACUGCAGAGAGCCUCAAGCUUACUUCAAGAGCGUCCGUGGAGCCUACGGAUCCUCCGCUUCCGCCGACGUUUAAAACGGAGACCGUACUGAAACGGGAUGACUGGAUGAUGCCCCCGUCGACACCCACUAUUCCGGAAGUCGAGUCUCGGCUCGAGCCUACAGGCGAGGAGUCAUUGACUCAGGGCUAUGGGGAGCAUUCGCGGAACGCGCGUACCGCGAGCGGCUCUGUGGACUUCUUUUCCAGUCUCGGAACUGAGAGAAAGAAGAAACCGCAGCCGGACCGUCCUGACCUGGACAAGCCACAUAUCAGCCACAAGGAGCUAAACAUAGCACUGAAGGAAGGCAAGAGCUUGGAGGACGUUCCUGCUGCAACUCCAAAGUCGAUUACACCCGGCGGUCCUGGCUCACAAUGGCGCAUGAUGAAGCUGAGGCGCGUAUAUGAACAGGCCGAAGAGGAAGGGAAACUGAUCGAGGAGGUCGCACUCGAUCGCUUCGAGUCUCUGGAAGCAUUUCGGGAAGCUCAGGAAGAGCGACACAUUCUCGACGAGCGGGAAGGAAGACGCACAAGCAGGGGCAGAGAUCGUACCAUGAAGGGAAAAGAGCCUGAAAGCGGGAAACGGGUCAUGUUCACCGAUAUCAGUGGCAGCCUGAUGUCGAGCCGCAGUUCUUCCUUCCGUCGACCUGAACUGGGCGGUAACGCGCCAUCUACUCCGACUCCAGAGUCUCGCGCGACGAACCGCCAGUAUGAUUCCCUCCAGCUGUCAUCAGCAUCACGAGGCGGAACCCCUGGUAGCGCUGCCCAGUCUCAUACCCCGAUCCCGUCUGUGAUGACUCCUUCGGUGUCCAUGAUAAAUGCCAAGGCUCGCGCGCUCUCUCCGUCUUCUCUCAACAAACUUCAGGCCAAGGUUUUGCGUGCGAAGCUGAUGGGUGAUCCUGACGCGGAGAAGUUGGAGAAGGAGUAUGAGGAGGAAGCUCGCAAGGCACACGGAGAUGAGAACCAGGAAGGCGUGAGGACAAAGGUGGAAGUGCUGCCGACGUUGGAUGCUCGCGGCCGCCUAUACGACGUGGGGCACGGAAAGAACGAUGGCCCCUUGCCACCGGGCAACCGCAGGAAGAAAGAGCAUAAUACUGUUUUCCUGACCGCCGUUCAGUUCGAGACUCGCGACAGCACCGGUGAAGUUAUACGUUACAAUCCAGACGACGACACGACGACGCUGGGUGAGAUGCUCCGCGAGGAGCUGAUGGGUGCUGGUCCAGCGGACCAGAAGAACCUAGAUGCCGAGUUCGCGCGGCAGGUCAUGACGGACGGUAAAUUCGUGAAUGACCUUGACUAUAUGGAUGACAACGCUGAGAAGUUGGCCAGGAAGAAGAUGAGGUCGGAUGCGAUGAAGCGACAGUUCGCUAUCAAUGAUUACAAGCGGACGCAGAAAGUCCUGGCUACAUGUCUCUUCUGCUUCGGCGAGGACGACUCGUUACCGAAAGCGCCAAUCAUCGCUAUGGGCACCCGCGUGUACCUUUCAUGCACCUUGACGGAGGAGCUGGUAGAGGGACACUGUUUGAUCGUUCCAAUACAGCAUCAUUUGGAUAUGUUGGAAGGUGACGACGAUGUGUGGGAUGAAGUCCGGAACUUCAUGAAGUGCCUCAUGCGAAUGUUUGCAGAGGAAGACAAGGGGGUCGUGUUCUAUGAGACAGUCCUGUCGCUCAGGUCGCAAAAGCACACGUUCAUAGAGUGUGUGCCAUUGCCAUGGUCCCAGUUCGAAGAUAUCCCUGGCUACUUCAAGGAAUCCAUCCUCAUGUCGGAGACGGAGUGGUCACAACACAAGAAGCUUAUCGACUUCUCUGCACGACCGGGUGGCUUCCGGCGCGCGAUGGUGCCGAACCUGCCUUACUUCAUGGUUCAAUUUGACUACAAGGGAGAGAAGGGUUACGGGCACGUCAUCGAGGGCACAAGCGAAGCCGCCGGCAAUGGAGACGAUCCAGAAGGCGACAUCGACGAGGGGGAGAAGGGAGGAGGCGAAUUCCCGAGGUACUUUGCAGCGGAGAUCAUUGGGAAUUUGUUGGACUUGGAGCCUCGCCGAUGGCGUCGCCCGAGGCGUAUCGACUUUUACCAAAACAAGGAGCGUGUGGCGAAGUUCAAGAGAAAUUAUGACAAGUAUGAUUGGACUGGGAUGAUAGAACGAUCAUGA